AUGGAACUGGGAGAGAAUUCUGCAAUACGUCAUCCAAAGUACGCGAGUGAGACCAACUCGUACGACUUUUUGGUGCUUGAGCUCGAGCAAGCCAGCUCUUUUUCUCCCAUUGCGCUCGCCAAGGCCGACGACUCGGACAUCGCUGGUGGUGGCAACGUGACGGCCAUGGGUUGGGGUGCUACUUCUCAAGGUGGCAACCUGCCGACCGAAUUACUUCGUAUCGACGUGCCCCUGGUAAACAAUACCGCGUGUGCCAAGGUUCUUGAUAUCGACAACUCAAUGCUGUGCGCCGGAGAGGGACUCCACAUGGACGCGUGCCAGUGUGAUUCUGGUGGGCCGCUUAUUACAGAGCAGUCGAGUGAAGACGUGCUCAUUGGCGUCGUAGCUGAGACAAUGGGUGUGGACGUGCCGGAUACCUCGGCGUUUAUGCUCGAGUCUCCGUCGCGACUGGCUAAGCACAAAUGA